AUGUUGACUCGCAAACUUCUCUCAUCCCUCUCCUUCCUGGCUGGGGCUGCCUAUGCAGCAAACAUCACAGUUAGCAACCAUGGCGGAAAUUCAUCGUCUCCUCUCAUGUACGGAAUUAUGUUUGAGGAUAUCAAUCACUCGGGUGAUGGGGGUAUCUAUGCAGAGUUGAUACAAAACCGGGCAUUCCAAGGCAGCACUGAGUUUCCCUCGACAAUUGAUCCAUGGGAAGCAGUUGGGAACGCAAAAUUGACUCUACAGAAUACAACAGUGCCACUAUCUUGGGCUCUCCCAACUUCGGUACAAGUGGCUCCGGGAAAUAACUUUGCUUCGGGAGGUUCAAUUGGUCUUCAAAAUCCAGGUUGGUGGGGAAUCAGCGUGACACCACAGCCAUACUCAGGCAGUUUCUGGGCACUGGGUUCGUACCAUGGCAAGUUCACUGCAAAGCUGCAGUCGGCUAAGUCGUCGCACGUCUGGGCAAGUGUGGAAAUAAAGUCCAAGUGUCAGAAAGGAGAAUGGGUGGAGCACAAGUUCCAUCUCAACCCUAGAGUUGCGGCCCCCGACACUGACAAUAUCUUUGUCCUCGAGUUCCAACCCGAUCAAGGCUCGCUGAAUUUCAAUCUAAUUAGCCUGUUCCCGCCGACGUAUAAGAAUAGUCCGAAUGGCAACCGGCCUGGUCUUAUGGCUGGCUUGAAGGACCUCAACCCAAGCUUCUUGAGAAUGCCAGGAGGAAACAACAUAGAAGGGGACAUCUUUGGAUAUCGCUGGAAGUGGAACGAGACAAUUGGCCCGUUAUCCCAGCGACCAGGACGCCCUGGAACGUGGGGUUAUGCAAAUACCGAUGGAAUUGGUCUCGUUGAAUACCUCCAAUGGUGCGAAGAUCUUGACGCUGAACCCAUCCUGGCUGUGUGGUCAGGAGUAUACUUAAACGGAUAUGAUAACGAUAAUCCGUAUGAUAUACCCGAGGAAGAAAUUGGACUAUAUGUUCAGGAAGCAAUGGAUGAAUUAGAGUUUAUCCUUGGCGAUGUGCACACAAAGUUUGGUGCUUUAAGAGCUUCCCUUGGACACCCCCGUCCGUGGAAGCUUAACUAUGUCGAGAUUGGCAACGAAGAUAAUAUUUCUAGUCCUCUGAGCUACGCAAGUUACCGCUUCAAGGCCUUUUACGACGCAAUCCACGCCGCUUACCCGUCGAUUGUAAUUAUCUCGUCGACUGGCGACCUUAAAGCUAUUGCUGACAACAGUGCCACCGACUACCAUGAGUAUGCCAGACCGAACAUAUUCGCCACUCAGUUCGGCCUGUUUGACAAUGCGAAUCGUUCCCACCCAAUCCUAAUCGGCGAAUAUGCCACUAUCGAGCCCAAUACGGAAAAUCCAUUAGAGCCAGUUUCCUGGGAUGCAGGUGAGCCAAGAUUGCCAUACCCGAACUGGGUCGGUGCUGUUGCAGAAACCAUUUUUACUCUCGGCGCCGAACGAAACGCCGAUAUUGUGAUUGGUGCUAGCUAUGCACCAGGCUUCCAGAAUAUUAAUGGCUCUCAGUGGGCUCCCGAUCUUGUCUCGUUCAGCGCAGACCCAGCUAAAGAUGUUUACUCAACAAGUUAUUAUGCUAUUCAACUUCUAUCUGCCCAUCGCUACACUCACACUGCCCCUUUCACUUCCGACGAGGGUUUCGGACCAGCAUUUUAUGUGGCAGGUGUCAACCACGGUACCAACCAAUACACAUUCAAGGCCACCGUUUACAAUACUACGUCUCCAGUGCCAUUUAACAUUGACUUCGAGGGUUUGCAUCAAGGCGCAAAGGCAACCCUUACGGUCCUCAAUGCCCCAAGUGGACUCUCUGAAAAUGUUCCCAACGGCGAGAAUGUCGUGAAACGAACCACUACGUCGCUUACUGCACAAAAGGGCGGAGUGUUUUCAUUCCAGUUGAAGGAGUACGACAUUGCGGUGUUGACAACAUUCUAGACACAUACUUGAGAUACUCCAAGUAUAUGAAGAGGCAGCCUGUAUUUGGAAGAUAG